GGCCUUGAAAUGGCCUUGAAAUUUUUGGAAAUCACGUCUGCUAUUUUAGUACCCUCAGAUCAGGAAAUUUGAAAGUCACGUUCCAAGCAAAAUCAACAAAAAUAAGCAAAUUACGAAAGGAGAUUAUGUUAACUUUGGUUCAACCUUUGGUCGACUCACGUUUCAAAGCUUAUAGGCUCAUAGUCUCUUGAUCAAAUUUUGUCUUGCAAAGUUAGAAGAAUCUACUGUGGAACUGCGAACUGCUUAGUUUGGAACAUCAUUUCAGAUUACCAAAUUCAAAAAUGGCAGUUGUUACCAACAUCGUAAAAUUGUCAGUGUGCGCAGGAUGUGGAUGUGUAUUCGGGUUAGCAAUGGAAAAGGGAAGAGUGUUUGAGCCACAGGUUAUUAUAGACCAAUUGUUGAUGGAGAGAUUCACAAUGAUAAAAAUGUUUUUAUCUGCUAUUGCCUCAGGUAUGUUCACAUUCUCACUGCUGUCCAUGUGCCCGCCUACUCAGCAAUACUUCAGAACCAGCUACAACAAAUACAUCACAGGACUCCUAGCUGAUAAAGGCUAUCUCAGCAGUGGUGUAGGUGGAGCUAUACUGGGGGUAGGAAUGGCGCUCUGUGGAUCUUGUCCUGGUAUGGUAUAUGUGCAAGUGGGCACAGGGACUCAGCAUGCAUGGAUAACAGUGUUGGGAUCAUUAUCUGGCGCUGCCUUGUAUGGGAUUUUUGAGCCAUUCUUUACACGGAUUACUCGACCCAAUAAACCACUUUCAUUCUCAACACUGUCCCAGUUGAUGGGUGGCCCAUACUUUACACUUGCAUUACCCAUGGCUUCAGUAUUGGCAAUAUUUGUGUUUGGUGCUGAACUAAUUGCACCAUGGAAGACAGAGCUCAUACGUCCAAACUUGUCUUACAGUAAAACAGUUUGGGAGAUGCAGGCCUGGGCUCCAUACAUCUCUGGGAUGCUGGUUGGUGUAGUACAGAUCCCAAUCUCGAUUGUAACAGGCCAUAGUGUAGGGAGCAGCAGCAGCUUUUGUACAGUUGUUUCACAGAUCUUCAAGGGCCCCUUGGGUGAAGUUUCAUCAUAUCUAAAUGACUACAAGAGUGGAUAUCGGAGGUGGUGGCAGGUGUUCUUUAUGGGAGGUGCUGCAGUAGGUGGAUACUUAUCAUCAAGAGCUUCAGGGACACUGGGUGUAACAUCAGGGGUGUCUCCUCUCAUGGCCUAUACAGGAGGGGCACUUAUGCUCAUUGGGUCAAGAAUUGCAGCUGGGUGUACAAGUGGACAUGGAUUGUCUGGCUUAGGCUUCCUCCAUGUUUUAUCCUUCACUGCAGUUAGUGCCAUGUUUGGUAGUGGCAUUGCUACAGCAGCUAUAAUGCGCCGUUAUGGAGUACUAUAGAAUCUGAUAGAUAUCACAAAACACUAGGAUACUCCAUCUUGUAUCCUUGUUUAUUUGUUGGAGGCAUUCCUACAGCAGCUGUCAUUAUGGAACUAUAAAUCUGAUCACAAAGCAUUGGAUCUCCCAUCUUCUAUCCUUCACUGAGGUUAGUGCCAUAUAAACGGUGGAGGCAUCGCUAGAGCAGCUAUCUUGCGCCAUUAUAGAGUAUUGUAGAAUCUGAUAUAUAUUACAAAACACUACAAUAUUUGCUGGAGGAUCCCUACAACAGCUGUCACAAUUCACAAACACUAGGAAGAUUUAAUUAAGUGAAUAUUUUCAAUUGCCAAAUAAAAAUAAAGCAUAUGCCAUAUAAACCAAAGUAUUGAUGACAUGAUGGAUUUAAUUCCAUUAAUAUGCAAAAUAUAUACAACUAAUUUAUAUUUACUUGUUGCCAUUAUUAUGGGCCCAUGGCUAUUUACAUAUGCAUAUAUGUAACACAAUGCAUAGCUUUUUCAUAUUUGUAAAUAAUAUACUGUACUU